AUGGACAACAAUAUGGAAAUCGAUGCGGCGCGGUCGCCCGAGCCCCACCAUUUGUCGCCUACCACCGACCCUGGGUCGAUACCGACACUGGAUGGUUGGAUCGAAAACUUGAUGAGCUGCAAGCAACUCGCAGAGGAGGAUGUUCGGAGACUAUGUGACCGAGCUAGAGAGGUAUUGCAGGAGGAGUCAAACGUGCAGCCUGUUAAAUGCCCAGUGACUGUGUGUGGUGAUAUUCACGGCCAAUUCCACGACCUAAUGGAGCUUUUCCGCAUCGGAGGGCCCAACCCAGAUACGAACUACUUGUUCAUGGGUGACUAUGUCGAUCGGGGUUAUUACUCCGUUGAGACCGUGACGCUCCUUGUCUGCCUUAAAAUCCGUUAUCCCCAGCGUAUCACUAUUCUACGAGGAAACCAUGAGUCCCGCCAGAUUACGCAAGUUUACGGCUUUUACGACGAAUGCUUGCGCAAAUACGGCAAUGCCAACGUCUGGAAAUACUUCACCGAUCUUUUUGACUAUCUCCCCCUCACCGCGCUUAUUGAAAACCAGAUAUUCUGUCUCCACGGCGGUCUGAGUCCGUCGAUCGACACACUCGAUAAUAUCCGGUCGCUGGAUCGAAUUCAGGAGGUUCCUCAUGAAGGACCGAUGUGUGACUUGUUGUGGAGCGAUCCCGACGAUCGAUGCGGCUGGGGAAUAUCUCCCCGUGGUGCUGGAUACACAUUUGGGCAGGAUAUCUCGGAAGCGUUUAAUCACAACAACGGCUUGACUCUGGUUGCACGAGCGCAUCAGCUGGUGAUGGAGGGAUAUAAUUGGUCGCAGGAUCGAAACGUAGUCACCAUCUUUUCAGCCCCAAACUACUGCUACCGGUGCGGUAACCAAGCCGCAAUUAUGGAAAUUGAUGAGCAUCUGAAGUAUACGUUCUUACAGUUUGAUCCGUGCCCGCGUGCGGGAGAACCCAUGGUCUCGAGGCGUACACCUGAUUAUUUCCUCUGA